UUCACUUUAACACUAUCACCAACGUCAUCGCCAUAGAAAUUUCAACACCCCUUCUCUCUCUCUCUCUCUCUCUCUCUCUCUCUCUAGCUCUCGCAGAACAGCUUGAUCGACCUCGGAGAUCGCCGGAGUUGUGCUGAAACCGAAACCAUGGCCGCGACCACCACGACCACGUCCGGUAUCGGCGGAGGCGGCGGAGGGGGGGGCGGCGGCGGCGGCGGAGGCGGAGGCGGGGGUGGGGGUGGGGGGGGGGGUGGAGGGGGAGGCGGGGCGGAGGACCGCGUGAUGGCGACCGCGCAGCAGAUUCUGAAGAGCCUCAACACUCCCAAGGAAGUCCGGGAGGACAUGCUCCUCAUCUUCUCCAGCUUCGACAAUCGCCUCUCCAAGAUCACCGACUUGAUCCACACUUCGUCGGCCCUGGAGGACCGGUUCGACUCGGCGGAGAAGGUGAUCCUCCGCUACGACUCCAAUUCCAACUCUCUCGCCUGGGAGGACUCGCCGGAGGAGGCCGGCGAGUACUUGUCCGCGCUCGACGAGAUUCUGCAGCUGUGCGAGAACUUGACCGUCGAAGACGAUAAGGACUUUGUUGACCGUGCCGAUACCGCGAUCCAGAUCGCCAUGUCGCGAUUGGAGGACGAGUUCCGACACAUACUGAUCCGCAACACGGUGCCUCUGGAUGCUGAUCGGCUCUACGGAUCCAUCCGUAGGGUUUCCCUCUCCUUCGUCUCGAACGACGGUGUGAUUGGUGAUGAAUUCGAGAGUUUCGGUGAGGUCGAUAAUGACAGCAGCGGUUGUUUUCACGAGCGAGGCGCGAGCAUAGGUGAUGAUUUGUUUGUGGACUUGAUUAAUCCGGAUGCUGUGGUGGAAUUGAGGGAGAUCGCUGAUAGGAUGAUUAGGUCCGGGUAUGAGAAGGAGUGUUGCCAGGCUUAUACUAGCGUGAGACGAGAGGCGUUGGAUGAGUGUUUGGUGAUCUUAGGAGUUGAGAAGUUAAGUAUCGAGGACGUGCAGAAGGUUGAGUGGAAGGAUUUGGAUGAGAAGAUGAAGAAGUGGAUACAGGCUGUGAAGAUUGCGGUAAGAGUCUUGUUAACUGGCGAAAAGAGGCUUUGUGAUCAGAUUUUUAAUGGCUCUGAUUCCAUUAAGGAGAUUUGCUUUAACGAGACUGCAAAGUGGUCUAUGAUGCAAUUGUUGAAUUUUGGAGAGGCCGUUUCGAUUGGCAACAGGUCAUCAGAGAAGCUCUUUAGGAUUCUCGAUAUGUAUGAUGCUCUUGCAGAUGCCUUGCCGAAUUUGCAGGCAAUGGUUACUGAUGAGUUUGUGUGUUCUGAGGCCAAAGGUGUAUUAUCUGGAUUGGGAGAGGCUGCAAGAGCCACUUUUUCGGAGUUUGAGAAAGCAGUGCGGGGUGAAACCUCGAGGAAACCGAUGCAAAAUGGGGAGAUUCACCCCAUAACUCGAUAUGUGAUGAAUUAUCUUAAGUUACUCGUGGUUUACAUUGAAACUCUGGAUUCUCUUUUGGAGAGCGAUGAGGAUGAGCUUCAUGGUUCAGAAAGAGUUGACGGGGACAAGCUGCAAACUGAGAGGGUGUCUCCGGUUACUCGGCAUUUCCAGUCGCUGAUUUCCACUCUAGAGUCGAACCUUGAGGAGAAAUCAAGACUUUACGAGGAUGCUGCCAUUCAGUACAUAUUCCUGAUGAAUAAUAUCUGGUACGUAGUGCAGAAAGUGAAGGAUUCUGAGCUCGGGAAACUUUUGGGUGACCAUUGGGUUCGGAAGCGCCGUGGGCUGACCCGCCAAUAUGCCACAAUUUAUCUAAGGGCCUCUUGGAGCAAGUCGCUAUCUUUCUUGAAGGAUGAGGGCAUUGGCGGCAGCUCAAAUAACGCUUCUAAGGUGGCAUUGAAGGAUAGGUUUAAGAACUUCAAUGCAUGCUUCGAGGAAAUUUACAGGAUUCAGACGGCUUGGAAGGUCCCAGAUCCUCAGCUCCGAGAAGAGCUCCGCAUAUCUAUAUCUGAGAAGGUGAUCCCAGCCUAUCGUUCCUUUGUGGGACGGUUUGGGAGUCAGCUCGAGAGCGGGAGGAAUGCUGGGAAGUAUAUCAAGUAUACGCCAGAAGAUUUGGAGAAUUACUUGCUGGACUUGUUUGAAGGAUCGCCAGGAGUGCUGCAUCAUUUGAGAAGAAAAAGUUCGUCGUAGGAGUAUACAAUACUUGUGUAACAGGUGAGGAUGCUGCUCUUAUAAAGAAGAUUAAAGCGGAAAUGUACCCGUCUGUGGUAGCAUGAUGCAUUGGAUGUUUAAUUUUGGUUUUUAACAUUAUAAACAACAGCUUUUGGUUGAGAUGUUUCCCUUUUACUUGAUGUACAUGUAUAAUAGAACAUAGCUCGACACCUUUUGUGUACAUUAUUAUAUGAAUUCGUACUGAGCAUUCAACUAGUCAAGAUAUCAUGGACUUCUUGCUA